UCUUAAUUCACUUUCCUCUUUGUUUAUUUGCUCAUCUUUAUAAAGCCUUCCUCCGUGUCUCUGUUCUUCCAACCAAACUUGUUUCCGUUCAUGGAAGAAGAAGAAGAAUGCAACACGAGGCUUGCGCUUGGGAUCGGAGGCUAUGGAUUGAAGAAUAAUGCUAGAAAUUCUACCAGUGCGCUCCAUUUUGAUGCUCUGUUUCCGAUUCAAUUUAAAGAAGAACAGGAAGAAUUAGAUGAAGGUACCAGUGGAAAGGAAACCAGCAACUGCAGCAGUGAGAGACAUUCAGCCGGCGCCAGGAAGAAGCUUAAGCUCACAAGGGAGCAAGUCAUGCUGCUCGAAGAAAGCUUUAGCGAGCACAGCACUCUUAAUACGAAGCAAAAGCAGGAACUGGGCGAGCGGCUGGGCAUUCAACCGCGUCAAGUGGAGGUGUGGUUUCAGAACCGGAGAGCGAGGACGAAGACGAAGCAGAUGGAGGUGGAUUACGAGUACUUGAAGAGGAGCUGCGAGAGGCUGAACGAGGAGAACCGGAGGUUGAAGAAGGAGCUGAUGCAGCUGAUGAAGUCGACGACGAUGACCGUGUCGGUGUGUUCUUCGUGUGAGAGGAUGGCGGGCGCCAGGAAAAGCGUCGUGGUGGAUGGUCUGGUUCUCCGCCGGCGAACUUAAUUAACUGACGACUAUAUAAUUUUUGUG